ACAAACCUGCUCCUUGCACAGGAAGCAGUUACACACAGGAACUUAACUUCCGCAGUAGCAGCCAGCAGCCGAGGUUCCUGCCGGCUCUUUGUGGGUCUACCGGGGGGGUCACCCAUUUAUGAUUAGUCGGCCGAGGAACAAGGUUGUCGGAGGCCAUCGACCGUCUCGCACUUCGCGGUGGCACGGCGUCGGGGCUUGACCUGGCUUGUACUAUGGAAUCACUGCGUGUUCUUCAACGACCUUGACGGCGGCCGAUCAUCUCAAUAGUCACCUGUUUGCGGAACCAUGGACGCUCAAAACACAAGCAGCUUGGUGCCGUUCUCGGAGGCUACCAGGGUCGAACGACUUGAUUCGCAUGCGUACAGGGUGAAUCUAGUCGACUCGUUUUGUAUUGGGACUGUUCCAAAUGGGGGCUACGUGGCGUCGUGCAUCCUCCGGGCUGCGGGCAUGCAUCUGGCACAGGCAGGCCAGAAGGACGUGUUGAACGCGCACUUCCAGUUCCUGAACCGCACCGAGACCGGCCCCGCGGUCAUCGUCAUCGAGGACGUCAAGAUCGGGCGGCAGCUUUCGACCCUCCAUGCGACGCUCUACCAGCGCGCCCUCCUGCCCCAGGCACCGUGGAUCACCCCAGGGGGACCGACCCGCAAGGAGGUCGCCGUGUACUUGACCAUGACCGACCUCAGCAAGGAGCAGGGAAUCUCACUGCCGACGUCGUUCAGUCUGCAGCACCCCGUCGCCGCGCCGCCGAGGCCAGACUUUGCAGCGCUGAGGCAGGAUCGAGACGCCCACUGGUGGCGCCUCAGACAGCGCGGCAGCACUCCGGCGAGCUACACGCGCAACCGGCAGAACUUGGCCUACUACGAACCUCGCGGUGGCCAGCGCACCAAGACCGUCAUCGACAAGUGGGUCCGGCUCGCCUCGGGCGAGAAGUUCACGGCCGCGUCGCUGGCCUACGUUGCCGACUGCUGGCCGUACAUGGUCGAGGUGUGGAGGCCGUCGAGGGCGGAAGCCGAGGAGAAGAGGCGGCGGGGCGAGAGCGUGCCAUUUGCGCCCAACGCUCUGUUCUGGUACCCGACCGUGGUGCUCAAUCUCGAGGUGAAGAAGGCGCUGCCGGCGGACGGGGUGGAGUGGCUGCAGUUGAGGAUUCAAUCCAAGCAGAUCAAGGACGGCCGGUUCGAUCUCGAGGUGCUGGUGUUGGACGAGCAUGGCGACCUCGUGGCGCUCAGCAACCACGUCAACCUAAUCCUGGACAGCGAGAGGAACUUGGCAGAGAGGAGUAGAGGCGCCAGCGCAACGGGGCAGAAAUCAAGUCGCAUCUAGGUAAUCUAAGGUUUGUGCUCGCAGAGGUAGAGACGACAACGCUCUGUGGGACUGAAGCGAGCUGCCACGACAGUGCAGCAUCACGACUUCUGCUUCGGCUUGGUGCCGCGUCCAAUGAAGUGCCGCCGCUUGUUGCCCUGCUGAAAAAAACAUAGGCGAGAGUCUGCCGUGGUCUG